CAAAUCACCGGUCGCUGAAUGAGCGAGCAAGAGAGGAAGAGGAAGUGGUGAAACAGUCAUCUGCAUAUGAUACUUUAAUGGUCGGUAUUAUCCGCCCCCCCCCCCCUUCAUGCGACUCAGACCAUCCAGCUAUGUUUGGCUCUUCCGGUUAAGUAGCUUUACCGGUGUGCUGCCAGCGAGUCCCACCUGCCGUCUCAGACCGACUUUUCACAGCGGUCUUCCUUUACUCUUCGCGCGGAAACUCACGAUGCAGUCAGUUCGCAAUGUGACCAGCAGCAGCGGCUGCAGCAGCGAGGGGGACCGGACAGACAAGCCAGGGCCGGAGCUUCUCAGCAACAACAUUCCCACUGUCACAGUAGAAGACGCUGGUCCUCCGGUGGAGAAGAAACGGGUGGGAAGCAGCCUGGUCGUCAACGAGAGAAACUUGAGGACCCCGAGUCCCCUGUUUGGGGCUAACUGUGAUGACGACUCGGAGGCAGAGUCGUUCCGGGAUGGGAGAACCGAGGAGGUCGACCGGGACACCAGGGGAAGGGCGUUUGCUUGGUGUCGAGAUUUUCUGUCUGGGUCGUGGAAGAACCUCCAAGAAGAGGAUUUUCAAAUCAGCAUCGUCAGUGGCGGACUGAGUAACCUGCUGUACCUGUGUAGUUUGCCUGACCAUGUGCGCUGCGUGGAAGAGGAACCUCGCCAGGUGCUCCUCAGGAUCUACGGUGCCAUCCUGCAGGGCGUGGACUCUCUGGUGUUGGAGAGUGUGAUGUUUGCAAUACUGGCAGAACGAAGUUUAGGGCCAAAACUUUAUGGCAUCUUUCCAGAUGGACGCUUAGAACAAUAUCUUCCGAAUACCCGAAUGCGCACUGAUCAACUAUCAGACCCAUCCAUCUCAGCUGAGCUUGCCACCAAGUUGGCACGUUUUCAUGAAAUGGUUAUGCCCUUUAACAAAGAGCCUAAGUGGCUGUUUGGGACCAUCGAUAAAUACAUGGAUCAAGUGAUGAAGCUCAGUUUUGUUCGGGAAGCACAUGUGAAGAAGUACAAAAAGCUGAUGAAGUUGAACCUGCCUGCUGAGCUGGAGAGUCUCCGGAAAUUGCUGAUAGCGACUCCAUCACCUGUGGUGUUCUGCCACAAUGAUGUCCAGGAAGGUAACAUUCUGAUGCUGGAAGACAGGGACCAAACUUCAACAGACAGACUCAUGCUGAUAGACUUUGAGUACAGCAGUUACAACUACAGGGGUUUUGAUUUUGGGAACCAUUUCUGUGAGUGGAUGUAUAAUUACACCUAUAACCAGUGGCCCUUCUACAAAGCCACACCAGAGGACUACCCCACCAGAGAGCAGCAGCUUCAUUUUAUCAGAAGUUAUUUGGCAGAACAGAGAAAACACUCUGACAUGACAGUGGACCAGACACAGAUUGAAGAGGAUAUGAUAAUAGAGGCUAACAGGUACGCAUUAGCAUCACACUUCCUCUGGGGUUUGUGGUCCAUCAUUCAAGCAAAGAUAUCCAAGAUUGAGUUUGGAUACAUGGACUACGCCCAGUGUCGGUUUGAUGCCUACUUCAAGCAAAAAAAGCUCUUCUCCUAAAUUCCAACUCAGUCAGAAUGUACUGUACUGUCUCUUUUAUCUGUCCAUAUCAUUCUUCGAACUCACCUCAUCUUUUUUUUUUUUUUUUUUUUUUUUUUUUGGUUAAGAUUCUUUUUUUUUAGUUGUAUUAUUGAAACUCCAGUCCUAUGCAGCUCUGCCUUUGACAAGCCAUGUUAAGUAAAAGGUAUACAUUUACAUUUCAGUUGUGCACAAGCACAAUCUAAUCUACAAACAAUCCAUUUUAUUAAUGCACCUUUUCCCAUAGUGUGAAAUUUAGUUAAAGCAGGUUUAGCCCAUUGAAGGAUGUUGUUUUUCAUUUAAGGGGCUCAGUCAAUGUGAUGUUUAGCUAUUUCAUUUUAUUUUAUGUCACCCAUUUUUAGAUGCACUUCACUUCAUUGGACCACUUUUUGACAUUGGCAACAUUGUUAAUUCUUUAGUUGUGCGCUCUGCAUGUCAUAGGUCAGUAAAGAUCUAUGCCGGUUGCUGCAGAAUUCUUGUCUUUUAAUGUCAGUGUAUACAUCUUACUGUAAUAGUCAUUUGAACUAGAGUUCAGUUUGGAAGACUUUUGUAUAGCUCUUCGCUUUAGUGUUUCUAGUCAUUCUACCUCACUUCUCGCUUCUGAUGUUCAGUCUGUAGGGUGUAUAGAUCGCAUAAGGGCUGAUUGUAGUGGUAUCUUGUUGAGGGGGAGCAAACUGAAAAUUUUCAAGCACUUCAUACCUUAACUCUGUCUCAUGUGUUGCAGGCAGUUUUACUGAAGAGCAUGCAAAAACACUACCCGCCAGUUAUUGUUAAAGUUCAGUAAAGUUAAAUUAAAUGCUUACCUUAAUUCAGCUAACAAUAACACCAGGGCUAUUCUAUAUAAUAUCACUGUACUCAAUAAAAUGUUUAUUGAAUUAUUAGAACAGUUGCGAAGUGUAAGGCAUUUAAAGUGUAAGGCAUUUAAAGGGGAACUACAAAUAUGAAAAAGUUGUAUAAAGCCUUUUGUGGCUUUAGAGGGGUCUGUGUGAAAUCUGAUAAAUUACCUUUCCUGAUGUCACUUGUUGAGGCUGAAGACAACUGUAAAAAAAAUUGGGGAUGUGGAGUUAGAGGGAAGUGAGGUCACUUCUGUAGCCCGCCCCUCAUCUCUGCCGAAGGCUAGCGGCUCGAGGCUGUGUAGCUUCUACUAGCAUAACGCACCCAAAUAUCUGAAGUGUUGGUGUUCGGUUGCAUUGUGGGUACUUUAGGCAUCAGGUUUUGAGAAGAAAGAAGAAUGUGUGGAAUAAAAAACAUGAUGCAUCUGGUUCUGCUGCAUCGAUUUUGAUACUACUUUAAGUCAGUAAUAUUGCAUUUGUCACUACUUUAAGUGUCAGUUUUCAAACAUACAUUUCUGCUGCACAUUUAACUGUCUGCCCAGCUUGUAUUAUCUAUGGUUAUCUAUGUAUCAUUCUAUGUUGAAGUUAUUGUGAUGUUUUUCAGGCCUUCUGUUCUCAGUUUUUUUUUCCAAGAAUCAUAACUUGAAAUAUGUAAACAUCUGACAUUAAUACAUACUGUAUAAGGUUAACUGAAAUGUCCAUCUGGCACAUGUAUGCAGCUACAUCAACCUAAAUUGCAAAAAUCGGAUCCAACAAUUGAAAUAUGUGUUGGAAUUAUGUCACACAGCUGUUUUCUUUCCUUUUUAGCAUCAGUUGAACGUGUGUGGUUUUGUUUUUCAUUUUGUUUGUUUUAGGUUCCUUUUGUUCUUCUAUUUAUUUAGACUGCUGUAUUUCAGUUAACGCACUGCCAUUAACUAAUGUCUCGUGUCCUUGUUUUACACAUAGCUGCAUCAGUUUACUUAUGAGAAGAAACUAGAAGCUUAACUGUGCCUCAUUGACAAUCUGUAGAUAUUUUUUAAAGCAGUAUUAUUCAAGUUUAGAUUCAUUCUGUUAAAACGUAUUGUACCAUUCUCUAUUUUGUGUUGGUCCUCUUUGCACUACUAAAAUGUAAUUUAAAGCUGACAUACUACUGUAAGUAGUAAGUGCUUA